AUGGCCUCGGGCGACAGACGCAUACCCACCUGGGCGAAGGAGGAGCUAGUGCAUCUCACAAACAAAUGCGACAACCUGAAAUUGGGAGAUCUCAAAUCACGUCUCAAAUCACUGCUUGAGUCGGUUGAAGCAGAAGAGAGAAAGGCAGUCACAGAAGUUUUCAACACCUACGAGCUUGUCGAGAAGAUCCUUGAGGAGAUUUCUCUUCCAGACCUCCUCAACGCACAACGCAUCUGCAGAACGACUCGAUCCGUCACAAUGCGUUCGCAUCGCAUCGCCUCGGACUGUUUCGUGUACAGCAAACUUCCCAGCGGUCGAUCAGUCCGUCCAUUCCGAGGUCAAGUCGACUUCGACAGCAUGGCCGAAGUACCAUGCCGCUACUUCUAUCGAUGCAAAUCAUGGUUCGGCAACGAUACCGGCGGCUGGACACUGCAUAUCGACUACUGUGUCCAGCUUGCACCGACUAAGCCCAGGGGCCACACGAUCCGUAGCAGUUCUAAGCGAAUCAUCACCACCAAACCGCGUCAGACAAGUAACAUGGCAGCAGAAGACGACGGAAACGAGGAGCAAUAUGGAACAGAACUGUGGAGGCGUGCACGUUGGAUGCAAGAAGGCAAGGCUGUGCUGUGCAUCGUGCACAGUCACUGUCCUGACGGUCAUGAUCUGCAUGAGGAGAAGAUGUUUCCGGCGAACGCCACCCUUGGGGAGACGUUUGACUGGAUGAGUCGAGGACGUGGAAUACCUGAUGGAAAGCCGUGCCCAGGUGGGAAACAUGAUAUUGCUUACUAG